CUCAAAAAUCCCCCAACAACGGGAGUCGUCGAAUUCGGAUACAAAUCUGAUCAGUUCGAUUUCGAUCGAAUUUCACCCAAAGUCCACACAAACUUUCGAUUCGAUUUCUCCGAUCUCGCAGCGGUGGCGGCCAUGGCGCAGAGGACGCUGGAGCUGACGCUGAUCUCGGCCAAGGAUCUCAAGGACGUGAACCUCCUCUCCAAGAUGGAGGUCUACGCCGUCGUCUCGCUCUCCGGCGACCGCCGCUCGCGGCAGCGGAUCGCCACCGACCGCGCCGGUGGCCGCAACCCGGCGUGGAACGCCGCCCCGCUCCGGUUCACCGUCCCGGCCUCCGGCGCGGGUUCCCUCCACGUCCUCCUCCGCGCCGAGCGCGCCCUCGGCGACCGCGACGUCGGCGAGGUCCACAUCCCCCUCUCGGAGCUCCUCUCCGGCGCCCCCGACGGCGCCGUCCCCGCCAAGUUCGUCUCCUACCAGGUCCGCAAGAUCUCCUCCGGGAAGCCACAGGGCGUCCUCAAUUUCUCCUACAAGAUCGGCGAGGUAACCCAAUCCGGCUCCUACCCUGGUGCCUCUCCUCCGGUCGCGUACGGCCAAGCUCCACCGGCGCCAGCUUACCCGCCCUCCGCCGCCGCCGCCGCGGCCUACCCGCCCCAAUCCACCUACCCACCACCGACCGCCUACCCAACGGCAGCGAAGGCCGAUGGGUCAGCCGCCGCGGCCUACCCACCCCAGUCCGCCUACCCACCACCGGGCAAGGGAAACGAGCCAUCGACGGCUUACCCACCUCCCGCCGGCUACCCGCCGGCGACCGGAAGUAGUAAGCCGGCGAAGGCGGGUGAGCCGGUGACGGCGUACCCAGCCGCCGCGGGGCCGAGCACCGCCGCGCCAUACGGCACGGCGCCACCGCCGCAGUACGGCUACGGGUACCCGGCCCAGCCGCCGCCGCCGCAAGCCGGCUACGGCUACCCACCCCCGCCGCCGCAAGCCGGCUACGGCGGCGGCUACGGCUACCCGCCGCAGGCUGGGUACGGCGGCUACCAGCAGCAGGCCGUGAAGCCGGCGAAGAAGAACAACUUCGGGAUGGGACUCGGAGCCGGGCUGCUCGGCGGCGCGCUCGGCGGCCUCCUCAUCGGAGACGCCAUCUCCGACGCGUCGGCGUAUGACGCCGGCUACGACGCAGGGUUCGACGACGGCGGUGGCUUCGAUUUCUAGAUGACACAGAUCGAUGCAAUGGGUGAUCUUCGUAUAAUCUCGUAUUGGUUUUUGUUUUGAAUUUUGUUUACUGCCAGGACCAAAUUAUGGAUGAUGUAAAUAGGAGUUUAAUUGACACCAUAUAUAUGUGGUGAAGCUAUGUGAUGGAGUACAAAUAUGAGUCAACUGUUGUUUUUUUUGUUUUUGUUUUUUUGAAUGAAUUAAGCGCCUAAUCGGAAUCUUUCAUGACC